UUGUUCGAAUAACGACACAGUUUACAUUUGCCAGGGAUACAGUUUAGACUGUUGGCAAUUAAUUAACCACUUAACGGAACGUGACAAAAGCUUGAUACCCUUGUGAAGCAACCGAUGGUUCUUACCGGUCGUAAUUGUUAAUCAUUCGUGGUUCGUGGUUAGUGCAGCCGAGCAGGAGUUCGAUAGGGACGAGUGCGUUAGCCAUAGUGGAGGAAGCAGGGGUCCAUGAUGCCCCCCAUAAUAGGGGAAACACUGCGCGUAUGGUUCCUCUCGGCGUUGGUGGUUCACGGUGCUGUCGCCGGCAAUCCAGACGCGAAACGCCUUUACGACGACUUGCUUUCUAACUAUAACAAACUAGUGCGCCCUGUUGUGAAUACCUCGGACGUACUACGUGUGUGCAUUAAAUUGAAACUUUCGCAGCUCAUCGAUGUGAACUUGAAGAAUCAGAUCAUGACGACGAAUCUGUGGGUCGAACAGUCAUGGUACGACUACAAACUGCGAUGGGAGCCGAAGGAGUACGGUGGUGUUCACAUGUUGCAUGUACCAUCCGACCACAUAUGGCGGCCCGACAUAGUCCUCUACAACAACGCGGACGGCAACUUCGAGGUGACCUUGGCCACGAAGGCCACCAUCUACCAUCAAGGAUUGGUCGAGUGGAAGCCCCCUGCCAUUUAUAAGUCAUCCUGCGAGAUCGACGUGGAGUACUUCCCAUUCGACGAGCAGACCUGUGUCCUCAAGUUCGGUUCGUGGACCUAUGACGGCUUUAAGGUCGAUCUAAGGCACAUGGACGAGAAAUCUGGAAGCAAUGUAGUGGACGUGGGAGUCGAUCUCUCCGAAUUCUACAUGUCGGUAGAAUGGGAUAUUUUAGAAGUACCUGCAGUACGAAACGAGAAAUUUUACACCUGCUGCGACGAGCCGUAUCUGGAUAUCACGUUUAAUAUAACAAUGCGAAGAAAAACACUUUUCUACACUGUGAAUAUAAUCAUUCCGUGUAUGGGGAUUUCCUUUCUUACGGUACUGACGUUCUACCUACCUAGCGACAGCGGCGAAAAGGUCACGCUCUCCAUUUCCAUUCUCAUCAGCCUUCACGUGUUUUUCCUGCUGGUCGUCGAGAUCAUUCCACCUACGUCGCUGGUCGUGCCGCUGCUUGGAAAGUACCUGAUAUUCGCCAUGAUACUCGUCUCGAUAAGCAUAUGCGUGACAGUGGUUGUGCUUAAUGUUCACUUUCGAUCGCCGCAAACUCACAAAAUGGCGCCUUGGGUGAAGAGGGUUUUUAUCCACAUCCUUCCUCGCCUGCUGGUUAUGCGGAGGCCCCAAUAUAAAUUCGAAACAAAUAGAUAUAGUUCUGGCAGAGUGCUAAUGAAAACAGUCGGAGGGAAGGAAAAGCCCUUCUAUUAUCCGUAUCAUCCAUCUACUCAGGAGGACAGCGAAGAACAUCUAACACCCAAACGAUUUCACAGCCGCAUGCGUGCUGCAUCGAAGGAAGACCUCUCACCUUCCAGCCUUGCUGACGGUGCAAGGUUCGGUGGAAGUUGCUUAAUCCACGGGCCACCGUUACCGCCGCUUCCUCUUCAUACAGAAUGCGAGGAUCUCUCAGUUUCUGGCGAAGCAGGAAUCGAAGAGGUGAAAAGUCCGGUACUACGAAGUCCACCAGCCUUCUCGCAUUCGCGUUGUCCUCCCGAAAUUCACAAAUCCUGCAUCUGUGUGCGUUUUAUCGCAGAGCACACCAAGAUGCUCGAAGACUCGACUAAGGUGAAAGAAGACUGGAAAUACGUGGCGAUGGUCUUGGACAGACUGUUUCUUUGGAUCUUCACUUUGGCGGUGCUGGUUGGCACAGCUGGCAUCAUCCUACAGGCUCCCACCCUCUACGACGACCGGGUACCAAUUGAUAAAAAAUUCAGCGAAUUCGCAACCACGACGGUAGUAAACUGUCCGCCGCAAUAGUCCAUGCCCGAGCCCUGCACCGUAGAGAAAGACUAAGGACCAACACCCGGAUGUAAUUUACUACCAACCCGGAAUCCCACCCUAGUCUUAGGAACUUCCAGAUUCCACCGCUGUUCAAUAACGAAAUUACGGUAAAAGGGCUCCAUUCCCCAAAGCAAUUGCAAAGUAUACGACAAGCACCAAGUUUCACAAAGGGAGAACAAAGAAAUGAAAGGACGAAAGUUCAAGGAAAUACUAUAUGAGAUUAUCUUUCUAUAUUCCCCCUCCCACCUCUCGGUAUCGUCGUGAAAUCUGACGUUGUUCCUAAAAUAAUAAUAAUAAUAAUGCAAAUUGCUACACGAACCGAUGCGUCGUCAAGGAGAGAAUACUUUGGAAUGUUAACGCUUUAGGUUGAGAAAAUAUAUUUGCCGGAAGCAUCGUGGAGAAAAUCUAUUCUCUGUGACUUUCCUUCUUUCGAUCGUUACGAACCUAAACAAACGAACGACUGCGACGCGAUUGUCGACCGUCUAAGAACCUUGAUUUAUUUCCUAGCUUCGUUCGAGUAUUGCCGUUGUGAAUAGAAGAAACGAUCGACUCGUCGAUACGUUGCGAACAAUUUUGGAAAGGAACUUAUAUCUACAUAGUCUGCUCAAGUAAAUCGUAAUAUGAAGCUGCCACUAUUUAAAAUCGGGUUAUCUUAAAGCAACAAGCUAAUUAACCGUACAUUGUAAUAAUAAUCUAGCUAAGCCCACGGCGGCUCUGAUCCAACUACCGGGAUGCUCGAGUAGAUCGAACGAACAAACAGAAUGUUGGAACGUUGUUCACGGUGAAUACGAUUGGUCCCGGACUAGGGGUUACGAACAUUCACGAGUAAACUGUCGCGUGUUUUAUAUAUCCCGUUUACCCGACAUGUUAAGAGAAAUUAUUCUAGGUAUCACGAUCGUAGGUAGCUCGUUGUACGACACGAAUUUAGCGUGUAACUUUACGUAUAACCGAUUAGUUGUAAACAUUUAGGGACGUACCCGUUUGUACGAAUGUAUCUAUAAGGGAAACGGAGCAGAGGUGAGCAUUGAUUUGAAUGUAUGUGCAUCCAAAUGUCACUUGAGAUUGUUACUCGAUAUUUUGUCCUUCGAACGUUUAUCGAAAAUCACGCAAACGUAUUUUCCAUUUAUUUCUUAAUUUCGCAUUUUUAAUAGCAGCAAGCAAUUUGAGGCGAGAAAUUAAAAGACUAUAUUUCAUUUGUUAUAGAUCUACCUACAACGAUAAUUCCUUUUGCAUUUUUAUUGCGUUUUUGCAAACGCAUAGGAAAUUACAAAGGUAUAUCUCAUUUAUUAUCUACACGUUAAAUCGAACCCGAGUUAAACUUUGUCUGUAAUGUUAAUCACGUAUCGUAUAUUAAUCAUGUUAAUUAUAUAGUACACAUUUCGCAUCUAAUUAAAGUCCGCUACGUUUCUUUCGAUCAGUUUGAAAUAAUUUGCAAUUUCCUGAAAGUCAUACAAAAUUCGAACGACUUCAUCUUUUAUAUAAUCGUGCUAAUAAAAACAAUAAAAACAAAAUUACGGUAGUUCGUAUUUCAGAACACGUAUUACAAAUAAGUUCUUACAAAAUUUGUCCAAUUUUGCAUAUGGAGUUAUAAAAAUGCGAAAGAUCUUUCUUUGAGAUAUAACUGGAACUAAGUAAUACACGUCUAAACAAGAUAAGUAUUUACGAAACUAAACUUGCAUAAUUUCACGCAAAAUGGAAAAUAGGAAAACAUCGUGGACAUAAAAUAUUUGCAUUUGUUCUCUUUAGAAUAUUUAGCGUAUCAUACAAUGUAUUCAUUGUCGAUAUAUCGGUAAUUAGCACGAAAUAUAAUUUAACAAUUCCAUUCGUCGUUCGAUGCAUCCUAUCUCGAGGGACAUUUCGUUGCACACAUGCUAUACUUCGCCUCUGUAAAAAUAUUGUAUUUUGUAACAAGAGUGGAAAGCCGCGAGACAUUACGAUAAUAAUAACCAAUAGUUCUGUAAGAACAAGUAAAGCAUACGAAUUCUAAAGCUGAUAGAUGUAGCUCAUUGAACAACCGUUGAUGUCGUUGUUCAAUGCUGUAGUACGUGGUUGAUGUCACUGUGAGUUGUCUUCGUUCCUUUUUAUUCCGUUUCGUGUUCAUCCGUUUCUUUUACUUACGUUUUCAUUAGAUAAUUACGCGCUAUAUACAAAUAUGUACUGUCGCAGUUAAAUGAUCGUUAGUUGCGCCUCGUACGAGCGGACUGAUAUUCGCGAGAAUUGUAACAUAACGUCGGAGAAUCUGCGAUUCCUUGGCAAAAUUCACGAAUUACCAAUGCUCAACGAUAAUCGUUCAUUUCUAGCUUCGUUAAACUCACGACUACUUUUUCACGAUAGAAGGAAAAAGCCUUAUCCGGACAUUUUGCGACUCGACUCGGCGAAUCCCUAAUUCUUCGACGUUUCUUAGAUCAUAUUCGUAGCUGAGAGUAAUAAUUUUAACGCAUCCAAGGUACGAUGCCUUACGUCACGUUGCAUUGUAAAUACAUUUGUAGGAUGAGAAGUGUUGGUUCCGUAAAUACUGCCAUUAGAAAGCGUUGUUAGUGUGAAAGACGUCGUAUUGAUAAGCUCCGCGGUUCCUCCUCAAUCGGUAGCUACUUGUAAAACACGUAUGUACGAGACUAGGUUGAUAAUGAAUCGAUACUCGCCACUGUACCGUGAGAACGAAGACAGCUGUCCGAGCGAAACAAGAAAGAAAUUAAAGAGCAAUUUAUUGGCUACGAACUAACGUACCUAUUUUUCUACAUAAUCGCAAGCUUUUUCAUUCCGUUAGCGAAGGAUUCUGCCGAUCUGCUUUCUAUAAAAGGACUCGCAGCUGCCUUGACUUCAUCGUCGCGCUUUAAACGAACACACUGUUCCAAGGUUCUGCUCAAUGAAGAAAUGGAAAUCCAAUGUAUUUCCUUAGUCGUAACGUUUCCGCCGUUAAAAAUUCGAUUACUGCACGCUGCUCGAAUCUCGUUGACAUUGCAUUCGCGUUCAAGCUCGCCGCAAACAUAGAGCAAGCUAUGUAGCAAGCUGUGGACGUAGCCUUUCGUUCUCCAGUUACACGCGAGCAUGCAUUAUUUAUCGACCUAGCCUCGUGCAAAAUUAAAUGAAAAUGAACAAAAAGUGGGGCAUCAAGUUCAACAUUGACCAACGCGUAAAAAUUUCAAUGUCGGAGAACAAACGAAUGGUUUCUGAUUGAUGGAGAACCGAUCUCGGAACACGUAGUGUCGGAAGACAAGUAAACGUAUUUGCUACCUGAUUGAAAAAUCGUCCAGUGAACGCCGAACGAAUGUUAGAACGAACGGUAAGUCGCAACGUCGACGUUUCGGCCGCGAUGUUCCAGAGGCCACGAUUCUCCCUUAGAGGAACGAACGAGACUUGUAAGAGGUUUACUUUGCACUAAAACGAUAGGAAAGAACGCACACAUUUUCUAUGAUAGAGUCAGUUACUUAUUUACAUGUUAACAUUGUAAUUACGCAUUAGUGCGUCGAAGCAGUUGUACCGGAUCGCAAGCUCGGCCCCGCAAAGCUACGAGUCUUAAAGUCUCACUUUGACAAUAGUAGAUUAUUCCAACGAUGAUCGGCUAUUGUUACUCUGAUAUUUUAACAGUUGUUAACCUGUCGCUGUAGUUGUUUAGUUGUUGUUGAUGAUGAAGCAGAGCGGUCGAGGUAAUUGUCCAAGGGCCACGAAGGGGAAAGCUAAAAGUUCUUGAAAGCGAAAACCAGUGCGCGGUAUUUAGAUAGUAAUUAGUGGCAUAGAACAGAUAUUAUAUAUAAAUAUAUAAAUAUAUAUAUAUAUAUUAAGUGUAAGGUAUGUAAAUAAUAUGUACAUAGCUAAAGAUAACGUAAGCCAGAUAUUAUAAAGCGAUUGAGGUUUUUUUACUAUUGCAAAAAACUGGGAUCACGCGUUGCACGAAAGGGUCCCACGACGCUGUUUAAAAAUCGAUGUAACGCGACGAUGGUCGGUAGUUGAGAUUCAUUAAACGUCAUUUUCUUUGAUCAAUGACAACGAACGAGUCGACGUAAUUUCCUUUUUCUCCGUUGCUUCGUAAAGCUAAGUGUGAGUGUAAGUUCCGUGCUGUUUCUGUCUGUUCAUUCAAUGGCGUAUGCUACACGAUCGUGUUUUGUCGUAAGAUUGUGUCAUAAUAUUAAUAUUUCAUAAGAAUGGAAACGAUUUCUGCGUUCGCGUGUGAAAUUUCAAUCGAUGUUCAACUAAUCGUUACGGAUGUAAUAUUUUCAAGUUUUUAUACACAAUUCCUCGAUCUUAAGCGAAAGAUAAAAGAGAAUCCAUUCUUCUCGUCGAUGGAGAUUCUAGACCACAGCAGUUUGUUCAAGCGUGUAAUUGUAUUCCUCGCGAUAACUUCUCUACUUUAGUUCAUUCGAUAACGAUAAUUCACGUUUAUAAUAUUUUCAUUCACGCAACAAAUACAUAUAUAUAAACGUUAACGGGUCUCGUCUAACUAUAUUAACCUUAGGAUAAAAUCGCAAUGCUGCAGACGAUAACUUGCUAAGUGGAGUCAUUGGUCAUCGUGGCCUUCGCCUGGAACUGUACUCAACGUUUCUUCCAGCGGUAAAGAGUGGCGUUUUGCCGACGAAACAAGCAUAAACAACGCGCAUUCAAAUCGUUCCUCGAUGCACAAUUUAUACAGAAUUAAAUGGAAGAAAAGAAGAAACAGCAGCGUGCUUGUUUGCCCGUAUCUUGAUCGAUAUUUAAAUAAAACUGCAUAUAUUCCGAGAGCGAUCGCUAUGCGGGUGUUACCUGAAACACGAAUGGAUUUUAGUGUCGAAUCUUCGUGAAUUUCGUAUAUACUUGUUUACUGAAAUUCGGAAGAUACUCGUGCGACCUUUGUUCGUCAAGAAUCUCUGAAAAAAGAUACAAAAUGAAAUUACUCUCGCCUUUUAAUACCUUGUUCUUUCGCCAAGACGCUGGUAUUUUUUAACGUCCUUUUCUAUGUGUUAUAAAAUUGGAACUGACAAAAAGUAAAGAUUCGGCGAUGAUAGGAAAGGGUUGAUUUGCAAGAAGUUUCGAAGAACGUUUUUCUUGAAGGCUUGGAUGCUUCUAAGUAAAAAAAGCAUUGCGCAAAAUGCCGAGGAAUUAAUUAAAAUCAAUCGAAGCUCGUUACAUGUACCGUAACCAUCGUUAAGUAAACGGAAUAUGUAAUAAAUUUAAGAAGAUACGGAGAAAUCGAUCUUAAAGCAUAUUGUACACGCAUUUCCAGCAUAACGAUAUAUUACAGUUGGAUGGCGGAUUUUUGUGCAUUUAACAGAAAUGUGAAAUUAUGAAAAUGUACAAAAUGCAUGUACCACGCGAAAAGGAGAAAGAUAUUUGAAGCGAAAAACUACUUGUUGCGAUAUUUAACAGGUGAAAUAAUAUCUUUAUGCAAGUAGGUUACAUUUUUUCAUGUUAAUAAAAAUAGAAAAUUGCAUAAAGAUCCACAGUCUAAAUGUGGUACAUCGUUUGACUUAAAAACGAUACAAUUUUUCGUAAUACCAUAAAACAGAUACAUCGAUUCUCGAUAAAUUCAACCUACAUUCCUCAUUUGUAUCUCCUACUUCGUAUGUUACAGUGCCAAGUAAACGCGCGACAAGCCUAAAUCGUAUGACAAUAAACGUUGAAAAACAACCAAACAAUCAGUCAUCGUGAAAUCUGCUCUUUUCAAUUAUCUCAUCGACUCGCGAAAACUCGACACGACGUACCAAAAUGUCCAGUCAUUAAUGAUAUUCUGGAAGCGACAAAGAAGAAAAAUUCAUUUCGAGCCAAGCGAUAGGCUAACGCGGAGCGAUUGAAAGGAAGAAAAAUAACUUGUCACUUCCAGAACUGCCAGAAUUUCUCUUCUUAUCACUUCAUUAUGAGUUGAUUGUCCGAGACUCAUUUAUAUCGACACCCGCGUCCCGAUCUUUGACCACUUGACAUGUUUUAAUGCGUAACUUAAUAAAAGGUAGCUUAACAAUUCCAUACUUGAGAAAUAUUAGUGACGUAGGCUAAGGAUCAGUAAGAUUAUGGUUACAUUAUAACGAUAAUUAUAGUAAACGAAUAUACUGUAUAGCGAUAGUGCUAUUUAAAAUGAGAAAAAUAACGAGCAGAAAAAAAAAUAAGGGAGAAAAUUAUCCGAGUAUUGACUACUAUCGUUAGAUACAACUACUAUGUAUAUCGUUUGUUAAAUAUGUACCUAUAAAUUAUUGACGACCGUUGUUCUAAGACUACACGAUGUAAGGACGAGAUUCUUGUUGCUUGGUUUUGUAAUCAUGCUUGAUAAAAGCAUUUGAAGAAUAAAACUUGUUGUCGUAGAAA